GGCGGUGGCAUGAGUACGUGUCCCAAUAUUCUAGAGCGAGGCACGCUCUCUCUUAGUAGAGAUCAAACACAAAUAUUUCUACGCAAGUCACGCAUAUUGUUCUUCCCAUUCCGCCCAGAUGAAAAAAUAGAUAAGCAAAUUAGCAAAUUGUGUUCCGUAAUUCCCUUGUAAUUUAGAAAAUGGUUUUGUUGAUUCAAUCGAAUAUUGCUCGUCGAUCGGCGAUACAAAUUGCCUCUGCUCUCCGUCAGUUCCACCGCACGAUUGAUCUUGUUUGUUGUGAGGGAGUGAGAGCGAGAGUGAGAUUUUUGUCGACCAUUGAUGAUGCUGCCGAAAAACAGAGUCAUGAGAAGGUGUCGAAUAAACCAUCAAUAUGCACCGCCGACGAGCUUCAUUAUGUCUCCCUUAGUACUUGUGAUUGGAGACUUGCUCUCUGGCGCUACCUUCCUCCUCCGCAGGCUCCAAGGAGAAAUCACCCGCUUCUUCUCUUGUCUGGCAUAGGGACUAAUGCUAUUGGAUAUGAUCUUUCGCCUCAGUCAUCAUUUGCUCGGUACAUGUGUAAUCAAGGAUUUGAUACGUGGAUUCUUGAAGUCCGUGGAACUGGGUUGAGCGUGCGGGAACCAGAUCCUAAAAACAUUGAGAAAUCUGCACACACAGCAUCUAAUGAGAUGGAAAAUGCUAAUGACAGAGGUCUUUCUGCAGCACAGCAGUCAACAAAGGUCCAGGGUGCCUCAGAAAAGGACCAUGCUGCCUUGGUCCAUGAAGAACCCACUGUGGUUUCAACAAUAUGGAAUGAGUCAAGACUGGUGACCAAACUUACAGAAACUUUUAUACGCUUGUCGGAGAGAGUCUCUGGCUUUGUCAGUGGACAUUGGUCGAAGAUUGUCUUUCCUAAACUUGUUCGUCGAAUAUUAAAACGAUUGGAGGAUUCUUUUCCUUACAAACGGGUCAACAGAAUAAGGAAGAAAUUGUUAAGUCUGCUAGAGAUGAAGGAGAACUCAGCUGUCAUUGAUAGCCAAGUUGGGGCACUGAGCAAGAAGCUAGUAAAUAUCUUUGAAGAAGGUCAUCGUUCUGUUUCAUCCCCAUUAUUUGAUCUACAACAACGGUUGACAACUACAGUAGGAGAUUUUCAGGAACAGCUUGACUUAAUCCUCAAGUAUGAUUGGGACUUUGAUACUUACCUGGAAGAGGAUGUCCCUGCUGCGAUGGAAUAUAUAAAGGCCCAAACUAGACCAAAGGACGGCAAACUACUCGCAAUUGGACAUUCUAUGGGAGGAAUAUUACUGUAUGCCAGGCUAUCACGGUGUGGUUUGGAAGGAAGAAAGCCUGGAUUAGCAGCUAUUGUUACUUUGGCUUCAUCACUUGAUUACACAUCAUCAAAGUCCGCACUCAAACUGCUUGUACCACUUGCUGAUCCUGCUCAGGUUCUCAAUGUUCCUGUCAUUCCUCUAGGGACAUUAGUGGCUGCUGCUUAUCCUCUAACAUCUCGCGCUCCUUAUGCCUUGGCUUGGCUUAAUGAAAUGAUAUCUGCCACAGACAUGAUGCAUCCAGACCAGAUGAAAAAACUUGUAGGGAGCAGCUUUUGUAAUAUUCCUGCUAAGCUUCUUUUGCAGAUGACUACGGCUUUUCAAGAGCGAGGGCUCCGUGAUAGAAGUGGUAAAAUCUUCUACAAGGAUCACCUUCACAAAAGUAGGGUACCUGUCUUAGCUCUUGCAGGAGAUCUAGACCAAAUCUGUCCCCCAGAAGCUGUAUAUGAAACAGUGAAGCUUAUCCCUGAGAACUUAGUGAAGUACAAAGUAUUUGGCGAUGCUGAUGGUCCACAUUAUGCUCAUUAUGACUUGGUGUGUGGACGCAUGGCUGCAGAGCGAUUGUAUCCUCGCAUAGUCAAAUUUUUAAGCCGAUAUGAUCGGACCAGCUAGGAGAUGGAUAUGCAUUGACAAUCAUGCUUCAGAUGCUGAGCUUCAUAUCAGUUGGCAUAUCAUUUACGCAUCUCAUGCUUGUUUAUCAUCACUACUCGUAUCCGAUGAUGCUAUAAACAAGUGAGAUUUAGCUAUACUACAUGAUUUUCUGAUCUCUUCAUUGCAGUGUGCAUCUGUCUGAGUAUCCAUUAUUGUAUUCUCUCUAUUUGCGUGGUGACACCUUAAUUUUAAUUAUGAACCUUCUCUUGUUUUAGGAGAAAUUGUGAAGACCCGAAAGCUGAGGGGAGAGCUCAUACACAGGAAGGAAUUUGGCAGAUGUGGUUUGUGUCAACCUUGUUUGUAAUAUCAUCCUCUUUGGCUGCUUUUCACCUGACUUUCGACAGGCGUUUGUAAGAACUGAACUCACAAACAUCUAAAUUAGCUUUGUUGGUUAGGUUUUGCUAAUACUAAAUUAGUAUAAGCAAUUGUGUUAGGCGUUUGUAAAAUAGAAGAAGCAAUUGUUUGAAAUAGAUUAUGUUAAUCAAUUGUGUUGGGCGUUUGUAAAUUAGAAUUUAAUGUGUUUGCUUAUACUAAUAUUUUCCAAUUUGAAUUCA